CCGCCCACUCGCACAUGCUGCCGAGCCGCAGUCAGCUGGAGCGCCGCUUCCUCCACAGCCGCCGCCGAUGACCUCCUCGCCCGCCCGCAGCCGCUGAGGACCCCCGGCGUCCCCGCCAGGGCAGGGGAUGGUAGAUCGGCCUCCAGCAGCCCCGUCCAGCGCAGCCCGCCGCACCGCAGCCUCGGCCGCCGCCGCCCGCCGGAGCCGCCGCCCCAGAGGAGCCGCAAAAUGAACCCCCAGUGCGCCCGCUGUGGCAAAGUGGUCUAUCCCACCGAGAAAGUCAACUGCCUGGACAAGUACUGGCAUAAAGGAUGUUUCCACUGUGAAGUUUGCAAAAUGGCUCUGAACAUGAAUAACUACAAAGGAUAUGAAAAGAAACCUUAUUGCAAUGCACAUUACCCAAAGCAGUCCUUCACUACAGUGGCUGAUACACCAGAAAAUCUUCGCCUGAAGCAACAAAGUGAAUUGCAAAGUCAGGUAAAAUACAAAAGAGACUUUGAAGAAAGCAAAGGAAGAGGGUUCAGUAUUGUGACCGAUACGCCCGAGUUACAAAGACUGAAAAGGACUCAGGAACAAAUCAGUAAUGUAAAAUAUCAUGAAGAUUUUGAGAAGACAAAGGGCAGAGGCUUCACCCCCGUGGUAGAUGAUCCUAUAACAGAGCGUGUACGAAAAAACACCCAAAUUGUGAGUGAUGCAGCAUACAAGGGUGUGCAUCCACAUAUUGUUGAAAUGGAUAGAAGACCUGGAAUAAUUGUUGCCCCUGUUCUCCCUGGGGCAUAUCAACAAAGCCAGACUCAAGGAUAUGGAUACAUGCACCAGACCAGUAUGUCAUCCAUGAGGUCCAUGCAUUCACAGCCUCAUUCAGCAAGUCUGAGAACAUACAGAGCUAUGUAUGACUACAGUGCUCAAGAUGAAGAUGAAGUUUCCUUCAGGGAUGGUGAUUAUAUCAUCAAUGUGCAACCAAUUGAUGAUGGCUGGAUGUAUGGUACUGUUCAGAGAACUGGGAAAACAGGAAUGCUUCCAGCAAAUUAUAUUGAGUUUGUUAACUAAUUUUUGUCUCUUGUCCUUUGAGCUUUAUUAUGAUUUACUUAAAAUCUAACCUUUUAGAAAAAAAAAAUCAGAAGAAUCUUUUAAGAGUUCAUGAUCAUUACUUUAUCACUGCUAUAACAGUUUGCAUUCUCACUCAGAAUCCAUUUUAAAGUCCUUUAAAGAAAUAAUAAAUAAUCCACAAGAAACUCAGAGCUUUGAAAACAGCAUUGCUUAUAAUAGUGCUCUCUCAAAGUGACAAAACAUAUAUGGAAGCCUGGUGCUGCCAGUCCUAUAAAAACUUUGGUCAAUUAACUAUAAAGGGGUAAUGCCUUUUCCUUACACCUCAAAGAUGUUAUAACCAUAAAAUUGAUUCACUUCUUAUGGCACUCUGAAGUCACAGGAGGUUAACACACUGAGUUUGAACACAUCUUCAAAUUAUUAGGGAAACGUUUAAUGUUUAAGCCAUUCACUUCCUAAUAAAAAUUAAUAUGUUGAGUAGAUAAUUCAGUCAUUUGAAAUAAAGACAAGUAACAUGCUAGUAAAAAAAAUCCAAUAAAACUCCCUACUGCCCAGCAGCCUUACAGUCAAUAUGUCCAUUUUGACAACAAAAAUUUCCUGACUCUUGCAUAUCCACAUUUAUUCUUGGAUUACCCAUUUUUUCUUAUUUCCAAGUGAUCUAUUAGCUUUGCUUCCAUCAUAAUCCAUCAAUUAAAUCCAGGUCUAGAUUCAUGGUUCUUCAGUAUCUUUUCCGCAGGAGAUCCCUUGCAAAGACUAUCUAAAAUAGAAAACCUGUCAGCUCUUCUGUUUCCUUGUAACAAUACUUAACAUUUAAAUAGAAACUCUCAUUAGGGCAACGUACAACCAGUGCUCCAUGUUAGCUCCUUGACCUUCCCCUGUAGUGCUGUAAAUAAAUUCCCUGUGCAGCCCCCAGAGCCUGCAGUCACAUCCUCCCUCACCACAGGUAACUCGCUUUAUGGCUGCUUUGCUGAUGAGCUGAUGUCCCUCCCCUGCUGCAGAAACACUUGUGCCUCCAUCGAGCAGUGGAGGAGAGCUCUGGUUCUUGUAGUGCAUUUCAGAGCAAUGGCCUGUUGCUUCAGUUUGCUCCCAAACUCCUGGUGAUCCAACAGUGGGUUGUACGCUUGCCAAAUGAUUAAUGGUGGAGAAGAAUUAUGUUCUCUUUUAGUGACUUAAUCUUUCUCAUAACUGACAUCGAAGGGAAAACUAACUAAGCAAAAUCCAACAUGCCCUAUGCCAUUAUGUUUCAGUUUAGCCAUCUGUGGAAAACAGUAAGAAUAUUCUGCUGACAAACCUUCACAUGUGCUAUUUGAUGUCUCUUAACUUACAGCCAGAACUGAGAGAUCCAGGUCUCAGCCUGUGAAGCUGGGAGAGGAUCUAACAGCUGGUGACAGUGGAUCAGGAUGAGGGAUUUUGUCAGCAGGCUUGGGUCACAGGCAACUUGUUUUUGCUUUGGGUGCUGCAUUCCCUCACAGGGAGAAAUCGUGGAAGGAAGGACAAAAGAGUUAAAGAUCCAUGUGAGAAAUUAUUUAUGUGGAUGCAGAAAUAUGUAAGGAAAAAAAUGUUUUUCUGCUAAAUAAUUUGUGGAGUUCAGCCAUGUGCUGAGGAAGUUAACUUUGGAGUAGCCCUCAGAAUAUUGAGUCUGCACUGGCUUUCUUUCAUUUAUAAAAUUUGUAAAGUAAAAUUAAAUAUAGAACUUUUAGACAAUUUUGUACUUCUCAUCUCACAUAGCAGGAAACCCUGCAAUAACUAUUUAAAAAUUAAAUAAGGAAGGCAGUAUGGAUUUGUUAUGUCAACUGAAAGUUGUCAAUGCAAAUCCCUGUAAAUUCUAGUUUUGCAUACUGUUUUUGCAUACAAUUUCCAAAGAAUUGGUAAGCUUAUGCAAUUUUAUUUUGGUUCUUGCUAACACAGAGAUGAUACCAGCUGCCAAGCAGAAUGGAAUGACUGCAUUAAAAAAGAAAUUUAAAAAUGUCCAUGACUGUGGAAUUACCUGUGCUUUCUUGUCAGCAGUCUAAUUUCAAGGCUAAAGCUGCCCAGAAGUAUCCAACUUCAAGAAAUGUGUUUUGAAAGUAGAAUUCCUUGACUGUAAAUAUGUAAUUCAUAUAGUUGACUGCUGUGAUUUAAAAUUCUUACAAGUUUUGCAUAAGGAGCUGCUCUUGCAGCAGACCCUUGUGCAUUACUGGUGACACCCACAUGAAAUCAGCAAGUCAAAUGAUUUUUUUAAAUCUGAUGUGGUAUGCUGAGUUAGAAGCUCUGAAACGAGCCGUUUGCUUCUGUGCUGGUUUUCAUCACUGGCCAUCAACAGCGAGGAGAGGAAUUCCAUCUUCUGCUGGCUGGCAAAUUUUUCAGAUGAUGCCUGAGGCACAGCUGGCUGUCACUUGCUGCUGUGCUGCUCUAUUAGCUGUGCAAUGCUGGCAACAAUAAAAACAGGGUGUCAGUUUGCUAACCAAAUAUGAAUAAAAAAGAAAUAUAGAGAAUUUCUAUAUGACAUCAAGUUGCAAUUCUUAGUGACUUAUGAAACAGAGUCCCCACCUAUAAAUUCACAGCCAUUCUUCCUAAAUGGGAAGACAGCUUACAGUGUGGAAUACUUUAUAUAUAGAAGUAAAUCAGGAAAUGAGCAUUUGGUGACAUUAGAGAGCUAUGCUAUGCUGAACAAUAGAAAUAAAAUUUCCUUUAUGAAUUUUGAAUAUUCAUUAGCCUGGCAGAGCAGCUAAAGCAAUUUGCAAAAAAUAAAAGGUCAAGAAAACAAAACAGUAUGUGGAUUGUAUUUCUCUUGAGAAUGGUAUGUCAGCAGAAUUAUUAAGAUCUGGUUUAAGUUACUUAUUGUUGUAGUCAACUUUUUUAUCAUAUAUGCUUAGAAAUUAAUAUUUCUAUGGAAUGGUUCCUGCUUUUUGAUAUAAAACAAACUUUAGUGUGAUUUUGCAGCUUUGUUCUAAGCAAUGCAAUCAAAGGCCCAAAAUUAUCAGAAUGCAAUUAUAUAUAUUUUUUUUUAUAAGAACUAAAAUUUGUAAGGCAAAGAGAGUAAGUCAUGAACUAAAUUGUGCCAGCACACGUUUUUCAAAGCAUAUGUUGGAGACUGUUACAUGCAGUGUGAUAUAGGGGUGAAAAGAUGCUACAUGCUGUCUUGUCACCUUUAAAGUUUAUAUUCAUUUUUAGCACAGCAUGAUCCCCUCACUGUUCUUUCUUCCUGUAGUCCACAUUUUUCUGGAGAAAGGAAAGGGCUUUUAAGGACUUGAAUUUCUCAAGCUGUUCCAAAAUUCAGGUUGGAAGUCCACAUGUUCCCAUUUUAGAAAUAAAAAUUCUAUAAAGAAUGCUGUAAUUCUUGCUAACACGAGUAUAAAUGUAGAAAACAACAUAGAGCAUAUUCAUGCAUACAUACAAGAACAAAUGGGUGCCUUGCUUUUCAUUACUCUUUCUUGCUUGGCUAGCUUCAUUUUUUGAACAAAGCUACAUACAGGUACUGCAGUUGUAAUUUUUCAUUAUGGAACAUUAGCAUUUAGUCUUGAUGAAACAGGGUUUUCUUGAUUACAUUUGACAUACAAUAAACUACUUCAGCCGACUGGGAUUUGACAGAGAAUCACCUCCCAUGGAUUAUGUUUUUGACAAAUGUGUCCCUGCCGAGUGUUUCUUGGGGAUGUGGAAGGUCUCCAAUACCUGGGAAAGGUAAUAAUUCUAGUUUUUAUUGUACGGUGACUGCAUGUCAUCUUGUACGAUGAAAAAAAAAUUACAUAUACAGAGGUCUUUGGCAGAAGGUGGUACAGGGUAUAAAAUGAUAAUUUUUAUUAAGUUAAUUAAUACACCAUUUAAAAUAUAGAAUAUGCUUUAGUUAGUAAAUGUUUAAAUAAUAUACUGAAACAGACAGAAGAUGCUGUUGAAAGAAGUCCUCCAAACUGAUGUGCUGGCAAAUGCAAAGUACUAGUGAGCUGUAGAAGAUUAAACCAUUUUGCAAUGCUUUAGUGAUUUUCUCCAGCUUUAUGCCAUAGGAACCCCAUCUCUCCUUUGGAAAGAAAACCUGAAAGCUCUAUUUCCUAAACUGCCUGCACUACAACAGUAUAUUCAAAGGAAUUUCAUAUGCUUCUUGUGUCUGAUAAAUAGAAUUUGCAUAUUGUACUUCAGUUGUAAUCCAGUUGUUGUUGACAUUUGUUUAAUUAUUAUUAUUUUAGGGGGGAAAAUAAGCUAUACUGUAGCAUUUCAAUUGUGUAUUUAAUAUUACUAUUAGAAAUUGCUAGACCAUUGGAAGACAGCAAUGACUGUAUUGACAUUGAUUAGCAUGAUGUGGAAAAUCUCUCAGCUGUUGGUUUUUGCAGUGUGAUAUAAAAAGCAAAAAUGAACCGCUGUGCAGUUUGGCUUAUGUUUGCUUUGAAGUGUGUAAAGUUUUAGUUAUUUUGCAAAACUGUACUGUAUUUGAGGGUAUACAGUUAUGAAGGUAACAACUGUUUUUUCAAAGGACAGAUAAACUUACUCUUGGAUCAUAUGAUGUAUCAUCUUAAUUUGGCUUUUGUUAUGCAGAAAGUUAACACCAGCUAUUAAAAUAUAUUUUAGUAGAAAUGCUUUAAUUCCUGUUUCUUCCUCUACACUGUGAAUAUUUAAGCUUUGGUGGACUAGAGCAACAUCAUGCUGCCCAAAGUACUAACCUAUGCAACCUAGUUCACAUUUUAGUUGAUGUCACAGUGGAUGUAACAUAACAAUUUAUUUUGCAUAACGUUAAACUUCAUUCAAAUAAAAUAUUAAACCCAGCACCAUGUAUGUAUUAUAUUAAUAAACAAUACACUGUAAAGCUACCACACUCAUUAGUAUAAGCUCUCAAAGAGGGAUAUUUCUUUAACUAAGGAAGCUUUGAAUUUUCAGUCUUAAGUAGAAUAUUUAGCAUUAUUCAUCAAACUUGAACCCAGAAAACAGUUUCUUAAACCACUGUUUUAUUUCAGACAUGCCCCCUCCUUAAAAGGUUUGCCUUUUUCAGUUUGCAUUUGUAACCCUUCAACAGAACACCAAGUUACAUUCCAUGACCCUUGGUUUGUUUAAAGAAGCAAAUAGAGUAAGUGAAGGAGGUCCACUGUUUUAAUUGAUACUGGUUUGCUUGUCUUUGAAUGGGAAUUUUGUUAGGUGUGCUCUCAGUGCAGCACUAAUAAAAAAGAUUGCAUUGCUGGCUUCUUUAAGACAAUUUUGUAUACAAAUGUCAUCUUUAUUCAUUGACACAAGUAAAUUAUUUUUAAAACAUUGUAAGAAAGUUUAAGUUAAAAUAAAUUCCAGAAGUAUUUUGGAA